AGCAAAAUGGAACCAUUUUCACCGGAUAUAUUGUGGCUGGUCAUCGUCGGCUUUGUGAUAGCGUUCAUUCUGGCGUUCGGCAUCGGUGCAAAUGAUGUAGCCAACUCGUUCGGUACCAGCGUUGGUUCUGGUGUGCUGAGCAUACGUCAAGCCUGCUGGUUGGCAACCGUAUGCGAAGUGUCCGGUGCUGUACUGAUAGGCUAUAAAGUGUCCGAUACGAUGCGGAAAGGUAUCCUGGAGGUGGAGAUGUACCGGGGCGAAGAAAUCGAACUAAUGCUCGGCUGUCUGUCGGCUUUGGGAAGUUCAGCAUUAUGGCUGCUGGUAGCGACAUUCUUCAAAAUGCCCAUAUCCGGCACCCACAGCAUAGUGGGAUCGACGAUCGGAUUCAGCCUGGUGGCGCGUGGCACGCAAGGUCUGAAGUGGAACACGCUGCUAACGAUUAUCGGUUCCUGGUUCAUCUCGCCCGUACUAAGCGGUUUGGUGAGCGUGAUGCUGUUCUGGCUGAUCCGCCGAUUCAUCCUGCACGCGAAGAAUCCACUGGAGGCCGGACUGUUCGCGCUGCCUCUAUUCUAUGGUGCGACAUUGGCUGUGAAUGUUUUUAGUAUCGUGCACGAUGGACCAAAAUUGCUGUACAUGGAUAACAUCCCGCUGUGGGUGGCGCUCGUGGUCAGCCUGACGCUUGGCUUGAUCGUGCUAAUAAUGGUGCGGAUGGUGAUUGUGCCGUGGCAAAGACGCAAGAUUAUCAACGGUUUGGACGGUGCGAACAAGACCGAGUUUACGCUUGGUGACUCGGACGGUGAUUCGUCAUCGAACGGUAGUCCGCGCCGGGCAAAGCGGCCACUUUCGUUGGUGGCGGGUGACGGAAAAGCUCUACCAGCUAUCACCGAGACGACCGAGCUAGUGUCGCUGUCCUCGCAACAUCAGCAGCAAGCACCACACAAUGGACUGGUGAAGAAGCUCUCCAACGAUCUGACGGCUGCCGGUAUUGGAGGCCCUUACAGCUUCAACCCGGAGAUUGUGAAGAAGGCAAAUAGCUUGCUCGGUGCGCAGGAUAAGACCAGUCUUGACAACACAGAUCUAACGGUGACUAGUUUGAACUACAUCGACGAGUUUCAGUCGUAUCACGGCAAUGGACGUUUCCAUCUUGGCACCUAUUUUGACCGUCGCAACAGUACGAACGUAUCGCCAAAAUCACCCGACUCCGGACAUUUAAGCAAUGGAGGGCUAAAAGAGCAACCUACCGUGAUCGCGCUACAGAAUGGCAAAUCACCCACCAGUCCAAAAAGUGAUAGUACCCUCCCGGUAACGGAUUAUGCCCUAAUGCCACAGAACGUGCUGCUGAGCAGUACAGAUCAGGACAUCAAAAAGACAGAUAUGUGCAAGAUAGAGGCAGCCGCCGGCUUGGAACAUCCGCUCAUCAGUGCAACGCUUUCGCCAAAUUCCAGCAAAGUACCGUUGAUUGGUGCAAAGGAAGGUUCAGAGGAAGACAACCGACGGCAAAAACCGGCCGAAGAGAAUGAGGACGUGUCGAAAUUGUUCUCCUUCCUGCAGGUUCUUACCGCUACCUUUGGAAGCUUCGCACACGGUGGCAAUGAUGUCAGCAAUGCUAUUGGACCGCUGAUCGCUCUCUUUAUGAUCUAUCGCGAAGGCUCGGUACUGCAACAAUCGGAAACUCCUUUAUCGAUACUGUUGUAUGGAGGAUUGGGCAUUUCGGUUGGUUUGUGGCUGUGGGGUCGGCGUGUGAUCGAAACGAUCGGUAAUGAUCUCACAAAAAUUACUCCAUCGACUGGUUUUACUAUCGAAAUCGGUGCCGCCCUAACCGUGCUUAUCGCGUCCAAAAUCGGUCUACCGAUUUCUACAACCCACUGCAAGGUGGGUUCGGUCGUGUUCGUAGGCCAAGCCAACUCACGGCCAAUGUCGGGGGAAAGCAGUAAACAUCCGCACCAUCAUGCCGUAACGGCGCAACAAAAAGCCGUCGAUUGGGGAUUGUUCCGUAAUAUCGUGUAUGCGUGGGUAGUCACCGUACCGGUGGCGGCCCUAUUAAGUGCCGGUUUUAUGAUGAUCCUUCGAGCGAUUGUGCUACCGUAA